ACAAAGUGGCAAUUUCUGUAACCAUGUAUAUUUUCUUUUGAAUUAAAUUAUAACAUUUUAUUCAAAAAAAAGUAAUGAGCAAAAGUUUUGAUUGGUCAAGAAUUAGAAAAAAGCUUCCUAUCACUGAUCUUUAGUUGAAAAGCAGAGCGUAAAAGGAUGAACAAGAUAUACAGGGAAAUUGUCGACAGGAACCUCUUUGGCAUUGACGCAUUGUCCACAGUCGUCGUUGUUGUUUCCCUUCUGGAUAGAGCCUCCGUUAACCGUUUUCCACAACAUCUAUAUAUCUUAAGCUUCGAUAAUUUUUAUGCAAAAUGCAUAUAUGUUAGGAGUUAGGACGCCAAGUGCUCUAAUGUAUAUAGUUCUGAUAAGAAAAAAGAAGUUCUGAUCACUUUUCGUUUCUUUAUAUCAUUGGCCUUGUAGGCUUGUAAUUGCAGGCUUGUAAUUGCGCGCGAUCACGGAAGAACACAGCUAGACAAAUUAGCUUCACUAAAAGUUUCUCGUAGAAUCAAAGCCCAAUAAACCAACGCUUAUUUUGGGCUCUGUAUAAUACGAACUAUUGUUUUAUCUUUUGUUCUCUUCAAGCCUUUUUGCUAAAAUCUUAUUCUAUAUAUUUUUUGUCAAAAUUUUGCUCUAUUUCUUUUAAGUGAUUCUACUUAAAGAAUGUGUUAUUAGGUGAUUUACCUUUUAGGAUGUACUGGAUCCAACUGUAUAUAUCCUAAUCAAGGUUCAACCCAUGUUAAAUAAGUUUCUUUAGAAGAGUAGAUAUUCCCAACAGAAAUGAAAUUCAUGAUUAUUUAGACUCAUACUAAUUGAUUGUUGAUGUUAUUAGAUGAUUUUAGUUAUGUAAGACAUGGCCUUUUCAUAAGAUAAUUUCUUACUUACAUUUGUAUAUCAGAUUUUCGCUGAGAUUAAUAUUCUGUUUAAUCUGAUAUGUAAGACAUGGACUUUAUAAAACUGAUAUGGUGGUGUUGUGAAUCUUCAUAAGGAACGUAAAAUUGUCAUAUGCAGAAUCAUACGUAUAUUUUUUUUUGUAUAUAGUUUGUAAUAUGACAACUAAUCACUGUUUUAGAAAAAGAAUAUAAAUAUGUUUGAAUAUAAUUUUAUUUAUGUUCAGAAAACUAACCGUAUGUUAUGCCUUUGGAUAAAUUUAAGUUCCAUUCAGCCCAACCAAAGCGGCGUGAUAAAUACGUCGACGAAAUAUGAAAAUACGACAAUUAACUUAUGGAAGGAAGGAUGAUAAUUAUUCAUCCGGUCCAAUUGCCGAUGUCCUUGAUCAUAACUAAUAAAAAUCAUUAAGAUUUCAAAUGAAAAAUCAUUAUCUUAGACUAGUAAACAUGUAAAUUCCCUUUACAAAACUACAACGGUCUAAAAUUAAAUUAUUAUAUUCCUAACUAAAAUCAGAUCUUCAAUUGUUUUCUUCCUGAUUAAAAAUAAGAUCCAUACAAGAACCGCAGAUCGCUCAGAAAGUGUUGUUAGAUGCCAUCAACACCAUGUGCAUGAUCAACCUUCGCCGUGUCAAUAGCUUACACACAAUCGGUUUAACUUUUUAUAUAUUCCAUCUAUAGUACUACCAUAUAAUACUUAUAUAAUGAAAAUUUGUGUGAAAACUGAAAACUGAGAGGUGGUGUUACACGUACAAGUGGAUGUGGAUCCUAAAUAUCCAACUUAUAUAUUUAGAAUCUAACUUUUGCGUAAAUAUAAUCUCCAGAACAUUUAAUUUGACUUCAGAUACUUACAGACCACGAACACGAAGACAGAAGGGAAACCAAUCUUCCUCACCCCUAGACAAGAUUCCCUACUUCUUCAUGGCUUCUUGUAGAAUAUAAAAAGAAAAAUUUAUAUAUUUAAGAUGCAAGAGUUAUAAAGUUAAUACAAUAUAUAUAUAUAUAUGGUGUUUCAAAAAAAAAACAAUAUAUAUAUAUAUAGUUUAAAAAGUUACUAUACAUGAUUUGAUUAUUUAAUGAUCUCAUGGAAUACAUUAUCUACAUUAAUUCUAUAAAUUUGCAUAUCACCGAAACAAAAUAUAAUAUCAGACAUAUAUAUCCUGGACCUAGUAUUACUUUUUUUCCUAUGAUUUAAUCGUAGAUUUUGACCAACUUCGAAAAGAAAAAAAUGAAAGCCAAUCUUGGUUAAUAUUUUGAAUGAUGUUCAAGUGUCAAACGAUAUAUAUGGACAUAAUUCAUUGUCUGAACACGAAUCUCAUUAUUCUACUAUAAAACUGUAUAGUUAACACAGACAACUCAAAACUAAUAUUGACUCAGUGUACUACACUUCCUCCUCCAUAAAUAUUCCAUAUUAUAUCACCACAUAAACCUCUCUUCUCUCUCUCCAUCUUAAUUAAUCUCUUCUCUCUCUACUCGUCGUAAAAUAAAUCAAAAUGAUCACCGGCAAAGAUAUGUACGACGUACUAGCGGCGAUGGUGCCGCUAUACGUAGCUAUGAUGCUAGCCUAUGGUUCGGUUCGGUGGUGGGGAAUAUUCACACCGAGCCAAUGCUCCGGUAUAAACCGGUUCGUUGCGGUUUUCGCGGUUCCUCUCCUCUCUUUCCAUUUCAUCUCCUCCAAUGAUCCGUAUGCCAUGAACUACCAUUUCCUCGCCGCUGAUUCUCUUCAGAAAGUCGUCAUCCUCGCCGCACUCUUUCUUUGGCAGGCGUUUAGUCGGAGAGGAAGUUUAGAAUGGAUGAUAACGCUCUUUUCUCUAUCGACACUACCGAACACGUUGGUAAUGGGAAUCCCGUUGCUCCGGGCGAUGUACGGGGACUUCUCCGGUAACCUAAUGGUGCAGGUCGUGGUGCUUCAGAGUAUCAUCUGGUAUACAUUAAUGCUCUUCAUGUUUGAGUUCCGUGGCGCUAAGCUUCUCAUCUCCGAGCAGUUCCCUGAAACGGCCGGUUCCAUCACUUCUUUUCGUGUUGACUCUGAUGUUGUCUCUCUCAAUGGCCGUGAGCCUCUCCAGACUGAUGCGGAGAUAGGUGACGACGGGAAGCUCCACGUGGUUGUCCGGAGAUCAAGCGCCGCCUCAUCUAUGAUCUCAUCGUUCAAUAAAUCUCAUGGUGGAGGACUUAACUCCUCCAUGAUAACGCCGCGAGCUUCAAAUCUCACCGGUGUUGAGAUUUAUUCAGUACAAUCUUCGCGAGGGCCGACGCCGAGAGCUUCGAGCUUUAACCAGACAGAUUUUUACGCUAUGUUUAAUGCAAGCAAAGCUCCGAGCCCUCGUCACGGCUACACCAAUAGCUACGGUGGCGCCGGGUCAGGUCCGGGGGGAGAUGUUUACUCGCUUCAGUCGUCUAAAGGAGUGACGCCAAGAACGUCGAAUUUUGAUGAGGAAGUUUUGAAGGCGAAGAAAGGAGCAAGAGGAGGAAAAAACAUUAGUGGUGAAUUAUAUAACAACAAUAAUGUUCCAUCGUACCCACCACCGAACCCGAUGUUCACGGGGUCAACGAGCGGAGCAAGUGGAGUCAAGAAAAAGGAAAGUGGUGGCGGAGGAGGAGGAGGAGGAGGAGGACAGAACAAGGAGAUGAACAUGUUCGUGUGGAGUUCGAGUGCUUCUCCGGUGUCCGAAGCCAACGCCAGGAACGCUAUGACAAGGGGUGCCUCCGUCGAUUUAUCCACCGACCCAAAAGCUUCACUUCCUCCUCAAGAAAACCUCGCUUACAAAGCGAUGCAUAGUCUGAUUGAGAACAUGACACCGGGAAGAAAAGGGCAUGUGGAGAUGGAUCAAGACGGUAAUAACGAAGGAAAGUCAGGGGUGAAUUCGUCACCUUACAAUGGGAAGAAAGGUAGUGACGUGGAAGACGGUGGUCCCGGCGGUCCAAGGAAACAGCAGAUGCCGCCGGCGAGCGUGAUGACGAGAUUAAUACUGAUAAUGGUUUGGAGAAAACUCAUUCGAAACCCUAACACUUACUCUAGUCUCUUUGGCCUUGCUUGGUCCCUUGUCUCCUACAAAUGGAAUAUAAAGAUGCCAACCAUAGUGAGUGGAUCGAUCGCGAUACUAUCUGAUGCUGGUCUUGGCAUGGCUAUGUUUAGUCUUGGUCUAUUUAUGGCAUUGCAACCAAAGAUAAUAGCAUGCGGAAAAUCAGUGGCAGUCUUCGCGAUGGCCGUAAGGUUCUUGACCGGACCGGCCGUGAUCGCAGCCACCUCAAUUGCAAUUGGUCUUCGUGGCAAUCUCCUCCAUAUCGCUAUCGUUCAGGCUGCUCUUCCUCAAGGAAUUGUUCCUUUUGUUUUUGCCAAGGAAUAUAACGUCCAUCCUGAUAUUCUCAGCACUGCGGUUAUAUUCGGAAUGCUGGUUGCUUUGCCUGUAACAGUGCUAUACUACGUUCUUUUGGGUAUUUAAGUUAUAAUCAAGACGUAAUGGCAAAUUAAAGGUGAUUUUUAAAAAAAUUACUAAGAAAAGAAAGGAGACUAAUUCCAGUUCAGGCUUAGGUGGAUGGACUAUGCCAUGUCGUAUUAAUUAAUUUAUAGCAGACGAUAUAAUAGAUAUUUUAGUUAGUUUUGUUAUAAUUUAUACGCACAUGCAUGUACGUGACUCUUUGUAAUUUUUAUUACAUUAAUUAAAAUUUGGGAUUUUUGCAAAAUUGACCUACAACUUAAAGUCAAACACAAAACUAACCUCCCUUUUUUUUGAAAAUUGGUUUUGCCCUAUUCACCCCACAAGUUCAUAUAAUUUACGAA